CGCAGCCGCCACUAGGAGCCGCUGCGCCAGCUAGCCUUCAGCUGUGCAGGCACCGUAUCAAUUGCAAGGAAAGGGGGGCACUCUUAAUGCCCGAUCUAAAAGAUAUAAGCAGUCGGGGAAAGGGUGUAUGGCCGGAACAUUGUACAAAAUGAAAGGUUUUGUGUUCGCUUGAGAUGAUUUGGAGUAAAAAGUACGUCGUUCCGGACGAGGAGGUUCGGCGGCUUUCAAGCUCUCAACUUUAGACAGCUAGCUAAGGCUAAGCCGACCCUUGCUGGGCCACCCGUGCUGCCGGCAGAAGCCACCCAGCAGUCAUGUUUCAGACGGAAACACACAUCUCGUGCCUUUUCCCGGAAAUCCUGGCCAUUAUUUUCAGCUACCUGGACGUUAAGGACAAAGGGAGGGUAGCCCAAGUGUGCGCGGCCUGGAGGGACGCGUCCUACCACAAGUCGGUGUGGAGGGGGGUGGAAGCUAAGCUCCAUCUGCGGAGAGCCAACCCGUCUCUGUUCCCCAGCCUGCAGACCAGGGGCAUCAAGAAGGUCCAGAUCCUCAGCUUGAGGCGAAGCCUGAGCUACGUGAUCCAGGGCAUGCCGCAGAUCGAGAGCCUCAACCUGUGCGGAUGCUUCAACCUGACGGACAACGGUCUGGGGCAUGCCUUCGUGCAGGACAUCCCGUCCCUGCGGGUCCUCAACCUCAGCCUGUGCAAGCAGAUCACGGACUCCAGCCUGGGCAGGAUCGCGCAGUACCUGAAGAACCUGGAGGUGCUGGAGCUGGGCGGCUGCAGCAACAUCACCAACACCGGCCUGCUGCUGGUGGCCUGGGGCUUGCACAGACUCAAGAGCCUCAACCUGCGCAGCUGCAGGCACGUGUCCGACGUGGGCAUCGGCCACCUGUCCGGGAUGACCCGCAGCGCCGCCGAGGGCUGCCUGACGCUGGAGAAGCUCACGCUGCAGGACUGCCAGAAGCUGACGGACCUGUCGCUCAAGCACGUCUCCAAGGGUCUGAGCAAGCUCAAGGUGCUCAACCUGAGCUUCUGCGGGGGCAUAUCCGACGCGGGCAUGAUCCACCUGUCGCAGAUGACCCAGCUGUGCAGCCUGAACCUGCGCUCGUGCGACAACAUCAGCGACACGGGCAUAAUGCACCUGGCCAUGGGCUCGCUGCGGCUGUCGGGCCUCGACGUGUCGUUCUGCGACAAGAUCGGCGACCAGAGCCUGGCCUACAUCGCCCAGGGCUUGUACCAGCUCAAGUCCCUCUCCCUGUGCUCCUGUCACAUCAGCGACGACGGCAUCAACAGGAUGGUGCGGCAGAUGCACGAGCUCAAGACGCUCAACAUCGGCCAGUGCGUGCGCAUCACGGACAAGGGUCUGGAGCUGAUAGCCGACCAUUUGACUCAGCUGACGGGGAUCGACCUGUACGGCUGCACUAAGAUCACCAAGCGGGGUCUGGAGAGGAUCACGCAGCUCCCGUGCCUUAAAGUGUUAAACCUGGGACUGUGGCAGAUGACGGAGAGCGAGCGAGUGAGGUGACGGCCUGUGUGAGGGGGGGGCGGACCUCUGACCCUGUGUGCGUCUGACCCGAGGAGGGCGACGCAUGUUUAGUUUAUUUCAUUUUUUUGUGCCCUCAUUUAGUUUUGUUUUCUUUAAGACUCCUGCUUCGAUAACCCUGGAGCCUGUGUACAUUCUGACCACUUAGCUCUAUUAAACACUGGAGUUCUGAUUUUGCCGAAAAACUGAAGUCACUGGCCGCCAUCUUGCUACUCCCUACUCUCACAGAAUCCCACAGGAUUUGGU